ACGUGACAUUGACUUUUCUCUUCCGUUUUUAACACACAUUUUUAAAGUUUGGAUUUCUUUUUGGAAAACUUGUCUUCAAAUAUCUUAUUAAAAACAACGGGAACAGCGAAAACUACAGGUCACUAGAACCAUGGUCAAGGUCACACUUGGAGGUCAAAGGUUAAACAGAUUAAUUCCUUGUCCGCUCAUUAAACUAACAUUAAUUGUUGACCUCACCUAGACGAUGUGCAGAGCACACAACCCAGGUCACUAGAUCCAAGGGCAAGGUCACACUUUAAGGUUAAAGAAGGAUGGAACUACCUAACGCUUCUCUAUCGACGGAUGCUUUGCCCAUGGCACCAAGACAACCAACAGAUACUGUUAAUAUUGCACCUAGUACAGAAACAGCUCAACCAACGAAUGCCGAUAACCCGGUAUCUCAAGCUGAUUCAACGGAAGAUUUUGACGAAAUACCUGAGCCUCACCCUGACUGGCAGUUCAACAUUUUUCUCGAUAAUAUAGCAGAAGGAAUUACUUCAGAGGUAUUUGAAAAAAUGAAGCAUCUGUUUCGAGGACCUGGUGGAAUUAGCGACACAACGUUGAAUGAAAUGCGAUCGGCCCUAGAUUUGUUCAGUAUCAUGAGGACAAGACGUUUACUGACUCGUGACAAUCUGAUUUAUCUUCAAGCAAUUUUGUAUAGAUUAGGAAGAGUAGACCUUACCAAACAAGGAGUUGAAUACGCUAACACUAUUGGAAAUGUGAUUCAUUUCUACCCUGCGUCCGCACUACCAGAAAACGGAUUUAAGUACGUGAAAUUACAUGUUGAAGGACGUAAUUUUCGAAACUGCACAAGGGCGUAUGUACAAAACAUCCGUAAUAGAGUAGCGGCAAUUCUUUUCAUACCACUAGAAUUUGUGAUUAUAGCUGGACUGGAACCCUCAACAAGUCUUCUAAUCACCCUGAUGAUUCCAGAUUCAUAUGUCACCAUUCUAGAAGAAUUGCUCGAUACCGGGGCAUGUAACGUUGAGUUUACAGAGCUUGGUAUCGACAUUGUCAAAAUAAACAAAGUUUACAAUGUCGGAGAUUUCAUGGACCGAGAAACUUUGGACAUAGAUCAGCAACCGAAACUAGCUAGUAUCUAUCAACAAUUUGAAGCAAAGUCUAAACAGCUGGAAGUUAGCGAGGUAGAACGUCUACGCCUUUCAGGAGAGAUUGCAAAGAACAAAAAACAAGUAGCUGAACUAGAGACGAAACAUUUCCAUGACGACGUAAUGAUUAGAACUCUCAAGACUGUUGUAUCAGAUGAUCAUUUAUGCCUAGCUUCACUAUCGAGUCAGUGCGCUUUGACAGAAUUCGAAUCUGCCAUAAAACAAGUCAGCACAUGCGAUAAAAAUGUUCUUCGAAGACUCAUAUCUGCAAAUUCAGCUGUUGUCGCAAACAGACUGAAUGACAGUUAUAGGAUUAGACAAAAACAACUGGAACUAGCUGUUGAAGAUUUACAGUCUCAGAUUAUACCUUUAAAGCUCCAAGUACACAAAUACAGAUUUUUCUCCGAGGUCACUGUCGAGGAGAUGGAUAAGAUUCUUUUAGACAGCUUCAGGAAACUUUUGCAGUCAUUUGCAGAAGAAGUAUCUGUUGGAGUAGAAAUUAAUGCAGAGGCUCUCCAAAUUCUUAAAAAGAUAAGCAGAUCACUACGUUGUCGUGAAAAAGAAAAGCUUGCAAACAAAUAUGUCUGGGACCCAAAUGACAAACUCAAACAAACUAUUGACAACGACCAAAGUUUCUUUCUAGCCGGUAUCCUGUACAAAGAAAUAAAGGAAACCCAGACGAUCGUGGACAUGGAGCAAUUUAUCUCACAAUGCUUGGAGGACGUUGGACGUACAGACCUCAUGAAGAAAUUUCAGGAUUUAGUCAAAGGCAUGACGCGAAAUUCAGCGAAAUCCAAAGGAAAACGAAAUACAUCCCAGAGGAAAAGGUCUGGAUCAUUACCAAGAACUGCAUCUAAGGGAGACAACAGCGAGCACGACGACACGUUUCAGCUGCUAAACAAAGUCGCCAACCAAGUACAGACCAUUUUGGAUACCAUGCAUGUUACUAAAAAGUCAUUUGCCUCAGAGUUCGGACCCGUUAAGGAUUUGGGCAUAUCCGUUGAUCCGCCACCGUAUUCAAGAUACCCUUGCUUUUUUUGAUCCAUUUAGAGCUCAUACAUGGGUAAUCGUUUAGCGUUUAGAGAAACUGUUAGUUUGUUUCUAUAACCUAAAUUAUAAAUGAAAAACUAGUGUUGUUGCGACAUUAAAACAAUGCUAGAACAAGAUCAAAUGCAAGUAGUCUCUAUCAUAAAAAUGAUAAAUAAAUCAGAAACAUUA